UUCCACUGUAUGCCCACAGCAGUUUGUUUCCACCGAGCUAUGCUUAGGAAGCUGUCCAGCCAGGUCUCCUUUAGCUGCGCUGCAGCCUUUUGUCCGGCGAGAGUGAGUGUGGCCCGGCCCCGGAUUGAAAUCAUGGCAGGUCCAGAAGCUGAUGCCCAGUUCCAUUUCACUGGUAUCAAAAAAUAUUUCAACUCUUACACUCUCACAGGGAGAAUGAAUUGUGUGCUGGCCACAUACGGAAGUAUUGCUUUGAUAGUCUUAUACUUCAAGUUAAGGUCUAAAAAAACCCCAGCUGUGAAAGCAACAUAAACAGAUUCUGAACUGUACAUUAUCUGUUAAAUUCCCAUGCCUGAAGAAGCUAAUGUCAACUCAUCAUGUGAUACUCAAUUUGUACAAUAAAUUAUGAACCUGGAAAA